UGAAUGCGAGUGAGUGUGUGCGCGCCGGAGCUGGCGGGGUUCCGCGCGGCGCGGGUGUCAGCUUGCAGCCGGGCUCCUCCCUCCGGCCCCCCCUGCCCAGCCCGGCGGGCCCUCCUUCCUGCCCCGCUCGCCCCUCCCUGGCGGGCCAGGCGCUGGGACGCCCCGGCGGAGCAGGCGGUGGCGGCGAGUUGGGGAGCCCUGGGCUCGGCGCUGCCGGAGGGGCCCGAGCCGAGCCGCCCCCGCUCGGCCCGGCCGCGCUGGCCCCGCUUCCCGCCGGGCCACGCCCUGUCAAACUUUGUUGCUGCGGCCGCGGCGGCGGCGAGCGGAGCGGCCGGACGAGCGGGAGGGAGGGGCGCCGAGCCGGGCCGGGCCGGGCGCGGGCGGCGCGGGGCGCGGAGAGCGGUGGCCCCGGCCCGCGGCCCCACCAUGCCCCAGCUCGGCGGCGGCGGCUCGGGCGCCGGGGCGGCCGGUGGAGGGGACGAUCUCGGGGCGAACGACGAGCUGAUCCCCUUCCAGGACGAAGGGGGCGAGGAGCAGGAGCCGAGCAGCGACAGCGCCUCGGCGCAGCGGGACCUGGACGAAGUCAAGUCGUCCCUGGUCAACGAGUCGGAGAACCAGAGCAGCAGCUCGGACUCGGAGGCGGAGAGGCGCCCGCAGCCCUCUCGGGACGCCUUCCAGAAGCCGCGGGACUAUUUCGCCGAAGUGAGAAGGCCCCAGGACGGCGCGUUCUUUAAGGGUCCCCCGUACCCUGGGUACCCGUUCCUGAUGAUCCCGGACCUGAGCAGCCCGUAUCUCCCCAACGGACCCCUGUCUCCCGGAGGAGCACGCACGUACCUGCAGAUGAAAUGGCCCCUCCUCGAUGUCCCCUCCAGUGCCACCGUCAAGGACACCAGGUCACCGUCCCCAGCACACUUGUCGAAUAAAGUUCCUGUCGUUCAGCACCCGCACCACAUGCACCCGUUGACACCCCUCAUCACCUACAGCAGCGACCACUUCCCCCCGGGCUCCCCGCCCACACACCUCUCCCCAGAGAUUGAUCCAAAGACAGGAAUCCCCCGGCCCCCUCACCCGUCGGAGCUGUCUCCCUAUUACCCGCUGUCUCCUGGAGCUGUCGGACAAAUCCCGCACCCCCUCGGCUGGCUCGUCCCACAGCAAGGACAGCCCAUGUACUCCCUUCCUCCUGGUGGCUUCCGGCACCCCUACCCUGCCCUCGCCAUGAACGCCUCCAUGUCCAGCCUGGUUUCCAGUCGGUUCUCCCCUCACAUGGUGGCUCCGGCCCAUCCUGGUUUGCCCACCUCAGGGAUUCCCCACCCCGCCAUCGUCUCCCCCAUCGUCAAGCAGGAGCCGGCACCCCCCAGCCUGAGCCCAGCCGUGAGCGCGAAAUCACCAGUCACGGUGAAGAAGGAGGAAGAAAAGAAACCCCACGUGAAGAAGCCCCUAAAUGCCUUCAUGUUAUACAUGAAGGAGAUGAGGGCCAAGGUGGUGGCUGAGUGCACCCUGAAGGAAAGUGCCGCCAUCAAUCAAAUCCUGGGAAGAAAGUGGCACAACCUGUCCCGAGAAGAGCAGGCCAAAUACUACGAACUGGCCCGGAAGGAGCGGCAGCUUCACUCCCAGCUCUACCCGACCUGGUCAGCCCGGGACAACUACGGUAAGAAAAAGAAGAGGAAGAGAGAAAAGCAGCUGUCGCAGACACAGUCCCAGCAGCAAGUCCACGAGGCAGAGGGUGCUCUGGCCUCCAAAAGCAAGAAGCCGUGUGUUCAGUACCUGCCCCCCGAGAAGCCCUGUGACAGCCCUGCCUCUUCCCAUGGCAGCAUGCUAGACUCCCCGGCGACCCCCUCCGCAGCCCUGGCCUCACCGGCUGCCCCUGCUGCCACCCACUCGGAGCAAGCCCAGCCCCUCUCCCUCACCACCAAGCCGGAGGCCCGGGCCCAGCUGGCUCUUCACUCUGCUGCCUUCCUGUCAGCUAAGGCUGCAGCCACGUCCUCUGGCCAGAUGGGCAGCCAGCCCCCACUCCUCUCCCGGCCCCUCCCCCUCGGGUCCAUGCCCACAGCUCUGCUGACUUCUCCCCCUUCCUUCCCAGCCACGCUCCAUGCACACCAGGCCCUCCCCGUGCUCCAGGCCCAGCCUCUUUCCUUGGUCACCAAGUCUGCCCACUAAGCUGCCCUGUGACCUAUGCAGGCUGUCAAGUGACCCGUCGAGUAGUAAUGAUUCAGAAGAGGAAGGGAACAAAAAGGAAACUUUAUUGGUCAAUAUUUGACCACCCUGGACUGUUCUGUAAAGUGACUGGUAACAGCAGCACUUUACAUUUUGUAGAUGUAACCAGUAGCUGACCUUAAGGCUUUUUUAAAAAACAAAACAAAACCCACAAAAAAAAAAAUCUUUAAAAGAAAGAACUGAAAAGUAGUGUGUCAUUCUUCCCGUACAUGCAGUGGUGGAUGGACCUGGGCAAAAGACCCUCCUCUCUCUACCUCUGAGAUCGCCUCCUCCCUCCUCCCGCCUCCCCCUGUGCCCCAGCCCCCCACCCGGGCUGCGUGGCCACUGCUGCGACUCCUAGCCUGUUGCUUCUUCAUCUAGACCCCAUUCCCGGACGUUUCUUUUGAUCUCGCCCCAGUUCUUUGCUCAGCUCCAUGGGUUCCUGCCUCCAUCCUUUCGCCCUCUGCCCAGUGUAAGGCUCUCACCAUGUGAGAAGACCCUGCCUGGUUUGUCUCCACCAGCACCCCUCCCCCCAGUGGCCCCAGCCUCCAGCCUUCGAAGGGGGAAAGGUCCUCUGAAAUGGUUCUUCCCUACACACAAAGGGACUCAAGGUGCCUGCCACUUCCUUAGUGACGAAAUCCGUGUUCCACCCUUCACCGGUCAAGAUCUCCCCCUCACAGUCCCAGAGCGGCAGACAGGAACUGCUCCGAGGCUCAGUCUAGCUGUCUGCCAAAGUUCUAAACACCCUCCCUCCCCGUCACCUCACAUGCUUCUGUGUGUAUUUCUUUUUGUUUUUAUGGGGUUUUUGGAGCAAUUUGAACUCCCAAUAAGCUGUUUAUUUUCACAAAAGAAAAUAAAAUUGCAAUUGCAAGA